GCCAUCCCCUGCCCGCGGCGGGAAGGCUCCGGACCGCCCCACAGCCCCUUCUGUGCCCCGGCACAAAGGCAGGGGGUGGUUAAUUUGCUUGUAGGCUGAGGAUAAGGGAGAGAGAAAUGUUUAUUUCUGCUUUUUUGGGGGGCGUGAUGGGCACCGAUCCUCCCCCCCACCCCUCUGCCUGAGGUAUCUGAAGCUGUUGAAUCACCUGGAGUAGUGACAGGAGGGGGGAAUCCAGCUGAAAACGAGGUGGGCCAGCAACAUAUUUAAGAUGUCAAUGGACAUCACUUUCCUUGGCACAGGCUCAGCCUAUCCCUCUCCAAGCAGAGGAGCCUCGGCGCUGGUGCUCCGCAGGGAAGGGGAGUGCUGGCUCUUUGACUGUGGAGAGGGAACCCAGACCCAGCUCACGAGGAGCCACCUCAGAGCAGGCAGAAUUACCAAGAUUUUCAUAACACAUCUGCACGGUGACCACUUUUUUGGCCUCCCUGGCCUGCUGUGUACCCUCAGCCUCCAAAGCAACCCUGACCCAACCAAACCACCAAAAAUUGAGAUUUAUGGCCCCUUGGGACUGGGGAAUUUCAUCUGGAGGAGCAUGGAGCUCUCCCACUCCCAACUCCUCUUUCCCUACUGCGUUCACGAGCUGGUACCUACACGAGACCAAUGCCCUGCUGAGGAAUUUAAAGAGUUUUCUGACUUGGAAAGAGAUGAGGGAUCUCCCCAAGGAGCACAAAGGAGAAUUCUCCACCUGGAUCCAGCAGAGAACUCUUACCUGCUGGUUGAGGAUGAGCAGCUGGUUGUGAAAGGUUUCCGCCUGUUUCACAGAAUUCCUUCCUUUGGCUUUGUGGUGGAAGAGAAGCCCAGGCCUGGUAAACUCAAUGUACAGAAACUGAAAGACCUUGGACUUCAACCAGGUCCUUUAUAUGGGAAGCUGAAAAAUGGAACUGCAGUUGUUCUAGAAAAUGGAGUCACAGUUUCUCCUUCAGAUGUCUUGGAAGACCCAAUACCUGGGAGAAAAAUCUGCAUUUUGGGGGAUUGUUCAGGGGUGGUUGGAGAUGCAGCUCUAAAGCUUUGCUGGAGAGCAGAUGUCCUGAUACAUGAAGCCACCUUGGAUGAUUCCCAAGAGGAGAAGGCCAGAGAACAUGGACACAGCACUCCCAGAAUGGCCUCAGGUUUUGCAAGGUUGUGUGAAGUGAAGCAACUGGUUCUGACUCAUUUCUGCCAAAGGUACAAACCAGCUGCACAGAGAGGGGAGGGGGAUCUGGACAUCACCCAGCUGAAGAGACAGGCAGAGGCAGUGUUGGGUGCUCAAGAGGUUGUGCUGGCUGAGGAUUUCAUGACCAUGGAGAUCCCCAUGAAGAAAGAAAAGCAGCAGCCUUAGCAAGUGCUUGUGUGAAGACAGAAAAAGGAGGAGGGUGUUGGAGAGCAGGGAAAAAUAAUGGUGGGGUUUUGGGGAUCCACUCAGUUCUCCUCUUUGGCAGGCAGGGAAUUGUUGCAAACCAGAGAGAGUAGCAGGUACAGUCAGCAAAGCAAGAAGAAAGGAUACUCAGACCUCUGAAAGUUGGAAUCAAUUCUUCAGUGGUGGUUUCGGACACCCAACCUCCCCAGAAGCCAACCAGCUGGCCCAGGGGUUUUUCCUCUGCUUCCUGGAUUCCCACUGCAAUCCAUUCCUGGAUUCCUAGAGCAGAGCACUGGAUCUUCUGCCUUAAUGCAGCCCUCAGGAAGGUUUGUGGGGCAAAUCUUGGGUUGUGCACCAGGUUCUGAGGUACCUUGCCAGAUGCAAGCUUUUGAAAAACAUCUAUUUCCAGCUUAUACACAGGGUUUUCUAACUGUUAUCUGAUUGCUAUGUAAGAGGACCAUUACACUGCAACUAAUAAAGUUAUUUCUAGCUC